UAUGUUCUCAGCAAAACAUGUUGAAGCUAAGAUUAAUAGAAACGGUCAAAGACUGUGAAGAAUCCAUUUCCAUUGAAAUCAUCGUAAGCUGAGCUAGAAGGAAUAGAUCAUGAUAAGCCCAAAGUGCAAUGAACUUGAAGUAGAAAUCAAGAACUUAAUCAAGGUAUGGCUCAAAGUCCUAGCUUCACUAUCUUACUGUUAUUUCAUAUCCUCAAACAUUCCAAAAGGCAUAUUAAGGUUUCUGUCCUUGUCUCCAAUUUUUUACCUCUUCACCAUCCUACCAUUUCAACUCUCUUUAGUUCUCCCAAUAGGUAUCACUUCCUUCUUCAUUACUUGGCUCACAAACUUCAAACUUCUCCUUUUCACCUUUGAUUUGGGUCCUCUCUCUUCCAAUCCAAAAAUCUCUCUUCCUCUUUUUCUCACCUUUGCUUGUCUCCCAAUUAGAAUCACACAAAAACAAAAACACCCAUCAAAAUUCAAUAUUUUGCUACCAAUCAAAGCCUUGUUUUUUUGUCUUUUCCUUAUAAGCCUAAAUGACCAAAAACAAAAGCAAAAGAUGCACCCAUCAAUUAUUAUUAUGGGUCUCUAUUGUAGCCUCAUAUAUUUAUUAUUAGAUCUUGUUUUGGGAUUUUUUAACAUUUUGAUUUAUUUAGUAUUUGGGAUUGAGCUUGAAUUACCUUCUAAUGAGCCUUAUUUGUCAUCUUCAUUGGGUGAUUUUUGGGGGAAAAGAUGGAACCUCAUGGUAACAUAUAUUCUGCGACACACUGUAUAUAUUCCAGUGAGAAAAUUAAUGUCCAAGACUAUAUUGGGCCCUCAAUGUACUCAAUCGGUUGGAAUUAUUGCAACUUUCUUAGUGUCUGGAUUAAUGCAUGAGCUUCUAUUUUACCAUGUCACACAUGUUACACCCACGUGGGAAGUAACAUGCUUCUUUAUGCUUCAUGGGGUGUGUGUAGUUGUGGAGAUUGGUGUGAAGAAGUGGUUGGAUCAUAAAUGGAGAGUACAUUGGGCCAUAUCUGGUCCCACUACGGUGGUGUUUGUGGUGUCCACUGCUGCAUGGCUAUUCUUUCCACCGUUGUUACGUGAUGGUGCUGAUCAGAGAACCAUUGAGGAGUUCAAAUUUUUUGAUUGUUUAGUGGGAAUGUUUUAGGUUGAACUUGUUUUGGAGUCUUUUGAGCAGGCAGGGUUUUAUUUUUUGGAUAUAUGUUGUCUCAUUGGAGCAAUUUAAAGUCUGCAGAAGCUGUUGAUAUUUCAGAGGCAUUUUCUGGUUCUGUUGUUGUUUCUCUGAGAUGCUUCAGUCUCAUCAUCUUGUUCAGGAAGCAUCCUCUGAUAAGCUCUAUUGCUGUUCUGCCACAUGGUGGAAAUUUCCCCAAUUUCUGUCCUUUGGAAUUGGAGGAUUCUUUUCCUACUGUAUCCUGUAAAUAUGGUGGAUUUAGGAUGGUUGCUGAGCUUAUUUUGAUAACAUCAGUGGUUGCUUUCAUAUAUCGGUAUUUAGGGUUGCAACCCAAUUUGGCUUAAUGGGAUCUCUAAUUUGGCUUUUAAUGCACUUCAUGUAGGUUUGGUUACUAUAGCAGUAGUUUGGUUUUAGUUUUGUUUGUUUUAGAAGUGGUCUUUAUACCACAUGUGAUUUUCUUUGUCAAUUCAUAAUAGGGUUUUGGCUUAAUCCGCUCAAUUUUAUACUUUUGUUUUUUCUUA